AUGUCGGAUUCAGCAAGGAAGCCCACGUCGCGAAUGUUGCGCACGACAGAUGAAGAUCGGCCAUUCACUAGAGACUUCAAGGACCUUUUCUCAACUCUCAUGGUCAGCCUUGAGCUUGGUCCGCGUCGAGUGCGCUUCUCCAAGAUUGACUUUACCUUCACCGUGGAAGAAGCCCUGAACAAUCUCAGCUCUCUGCGAUUUACGCAAUCUGCCCGCAUGCCCGAUCCUCAAGACCCCAGUCGCAUCAUCACGACGACGUCCACGACCACGUUCACAAUGGCAAAGGAGAUGGCAAAAUCCAUAUUCAAGGACUUCAUACAUGCACGGUUCCUGGAACCUCUAAACGCCACUUUUACGAGUCUCAGCAAAAGUACUGUCUGCACACUGACGGCAAAGGGAAUUGCUGUGCUGCACCGUUUCUGCAACCGAAACGGUAUUGCAGCGCCACAUGUGAUGAGAGUGCUGCAAUCUCCGCGGAACAAGAUGACACUCCUUAUUCUUGAACGCCACUUAACAACAGAUAAGCUGUUGGUCGACCGGGCGACUAUCGAAGUCAUAUUUCGUCGUUUUGCUGGCGCCCAGGCUCCCGGUGCAAGCAAUGGCUUGCCAGCCUGGGAUGAUCGUACCGAUUACCCGAAUGGUCUGGUGGGCGUUGAAGGUAUACAGGAUAUGCGGGUGAGUGGUAAGAAGUACCAAUAUGCCUUUUCUGGCAAGUCAGCCAUCAAUUGGCUUAUGGACUGCUGCACUACUAUCGACGAACGCGAAACGUAUCAGGUUUGUGAGCAAUUCAUUGAACACGGUUUGAUCGUUAGCAUCGUCGAGGACAAAUCAUAUAUUGAAGAAAACGGUGCGAGUGCACUCAGCUUUCAACCCACACGGCAAGCCAUCUAUACGCUUACGCCGCGCGCCAUGAAAGUUUGCGGUUGGGCUGUAUCUGAUAGGCUAUCAGAUGAGAGCAUAAACAGAAAGAGGGAGAGCAAGGCGAAUGAUGGAUCCUCAGUUUCAUCCAAUUCAGCCACCGGACCUACUGCUAGUGGUGAUGUUUCAAAUAAGGCACGUUUGACGUAUAUACUGAAUGAUCCAUCACUACGUCUUCUAUUCCGUGAAUUUCUUGCAGCGUCUUUCUGCGAGGAGAACCUGGCUUUUUAUCUUGAUGUGACGGAAUAUCUUGACAACUACAAGCAAUCCAAGACGUCAGGUGAACUGAAAGAUUACCAUAAGGUGCAGGAUUAUAUUGCUGGUGCAUUUGGCCUGUACAACUCUUUUCUUGCCCCGGGAUCCCCUUGUGAAUUAAACAUUGAUCACGCCCUCCGGAAUCGGUUGUCUGCAGAAAUGACCCGGCUCUGCGGAGACGAGCAGACGGUAGCUCGUAAUCUGGAAGAAGUCGUCAAUCAUUGUCAACUUGCGCAGACAUCCAUUUUCAAGCUCAUGGCUAGUGACUCCGUUCCCAAGUUCUGCCGUCAACCCAGAUAUGCAGUUAUUCUUCAGGAGCAUGACUUUGAAUCUGUUGCUGGAAACCCAAGCCGUCCUGCGUCUCCAGUCAGUACACCAAUGAAGUCAGCAGACCGGUAGCAUAUAUGCACAGGUCCUGCUAUCCAUCUAACGCAAUUGUAUUUGUUCUUUUCUCUUCUAGCGAGUUUGCGAUUGUUUGCUAUGACUUUUUGACGCAUGAUAUAAGCAUGAUGGGUUAAUUUUUUGAUUCCCUCUCUUCUCAAGAGAAUUAUCUGUUGCAUGGUGGUUCUUUUUUUUGAUUUGAGUUCAUAUUCUU